AUUUCUAAAGCCUAACGACUCUCACUAUAGAGCUUUCUCUCUGCAGUGUGUGUUUUUGUUUUAGCUUCCACUUCUUCCAUCCUUGAAACAAAACCUUUCAGUUAUAAGUUCCACGUUCCUUUGGGUAUAAACCAAAAAAAGCUUCCAAGUUCCAAAGUCAUAUAUAAAGAGAGAAGGAGAGGGUGGUGUUAGGAGAGAAAGAGAAGGAUAAGAAGAAGAAAACUAAGGUUCAGUAGUAAUUAACAAAAAAGGGUGGUGAGGGGGGUGGUGUUUGGUCAAGUGAUGCGCUCAGGAGUUUGUGCAUUACAGCAGACCCUCACAGCUGAGGCUGCUUCAGUGUUGAAGCACUCUCUGGGGUUGGCUCGGAGGAGGGGCCAUGCACAGCUCACUCCUCUGCAUGUGGCUGCCACUUUGCUAAGCCUUAGAGGCAGUUCCUUGAGAAGGGCUUGCCUCAAGUCUCAGCCUCACCAAACUUCUCAUCAUCCUCUUCAAUGCAGGGCCCUUGAGUUGUGCUUCAAUGUUGCCCUCAACAGGCUCCAAACAACACCUUCUCCUUUGAUCCACACUCAGCCUUCUCUCUCCAAUGCUCUCAUUGCUGCAUUGAAGAGAGCUCAGGCUCACCAGAGAAGGGGCUGCAUUGAGCACCAGCAGCAACAGCCUCUGCUCACCAUCAAGGUUGAGCUGGAACACCUCAUCAUAUCAAUCCUUGAUGACCCUAGUGUUAGCAGGGUUAUGAGAGAGGCUGGCUUCUCCAGCACUGCUGUUAAGAACAACAUAGAGGACUCUUCACCUCAUUCUGUUUUCCAGUGUUACAAUAGUUCUGGUGGUGUGUUCUCUUCUCCUUGUUCACCUUCUGCCAGUGAGAACAACAACCAUAGGGAAACAGCCACCAACCCUACCAAUUUCAGACACCCUCAUCAUUACUUAACUUCUUAUGCAUCUUCUGAGUUCCACCCUUCACUUCUGUUUUCUCCACCAAAGAAUAAUUCACCAGUGUGUUCCAUCACUGGUGCAGCUUCUUCUAGUAAGGAUGAUGUCAGGCUUGUUCUGGAUAUCCUCUUGAGGAAGAAGAAAAAGAACACCGUGAUUGUUGGUGACUCACUGUCAUUAACUGAAGGCCUUGUGGCAGAGCUAAUGGGGAGGCUAGAAAGGUCAGAAGUGCCUGAUGAGUUAAAGUCAACCCAUUUUAUCAAAUUCCAAAUUUCACAUGAUUCAUUGAGUUGCAUGAAGAGAGAUGAAGUUGAAAUGAAACUCUUGGAACUCAAAAGGAAGGUGGAAUCCAUUGCUUCAGGAGGAGGAGGGGGUGGCAUUUUUUAUAUUGGAGACCUGAAGUGGACAGUGAAGGAGGCAAGUUUCAGUGAGAAAGAGGAAGGAUCCCCAAAUGGAGAAGUUUCUGGUUAUAACCCUGUUGAUCAUCUUGUUUCAGAAAUAGGGAAGUUAUUCUCUGAUUGUGGAACCUCAAAUAAUGCUAAGGUGUGGCUCAUGGCCACUGCUAGCUAUCAAACAUACAUGAGGUGUCAAAUGAGGCAACCCCCUCUUGAGAAGCAAUGGGCUCUUCAGGCUGUUCCUAUUCCAUCAGGUGGACUUGGCUUGAGUCUUCAUGCUCCCAGUGUCCUUCAUUCAAAGAUGAUUGUCUCGCAUAACCAAUCUCAUGUGCCGGAAACAAAUCCCUUUGGUAACAUGGAGCAGGAGAAUAAGCUCAAUUGUUGUGAGGAAUGUGCCUCCAAUUAUGAAAAAGAAGCCCAAUUUCUCAGGCCCGACCAAAAGAAAAUGUUGCCUCUCUGGCUUCAGUCUCAUAGCACAGAAGACUCUAAGAAGGAUGAAUUAGUCCAAUUGAAAAGAAAAUGGAAUAGACUAUGCCACUGUCUCCACCAAAGCAAACAGCCUCAGAACCAAUGGAGCUGGAACCACAACAGUUAUAAUUCACCAAGCUCUAUAUCCUUUGCCAACAAUGCCACACAUGGCUCCACUUCCAAACUUGUCCCUCGAUUCCAGCGCCAACAAUUAUGCAUCAUUGAGUUCAAUUUCGGCAACAAAAGGGAAGCAACAGAGCCAGUCUUGGAUUCCCUUGAGAGCAUGGACGGUAAAAAAGUAAAGACUAUUCUUGCUCUUGGCAAUGGUGGUUCAGGUGAGUCGACGGUGGGGGAUAUAACUGAUACAACACUGCAACAAGCUCAUAUUUGUAAACUAUUGCAGGAGAAUGUACCAUGGCAGUCUGAGACUGUUCCUUCAAUAGCAGAAGCCUUGAUUGAUUCCAAAUCAGCAAAGCAAAAUAACAAUAUUACUUGGUUACUUGUGCAAGGCAAUGACACCAUUGGGAAAAGAAGGUUGGCACUUGCAAUUGCAGAAUCAGUUUUUGGCUCAACUGAUGUGCUCCUUCACUUUGACAUGCUAAAGAGAGAGACUUCAAUAGCCCCAUUUUCUGAAAUGCUGGAAGGAGCACUGAAGACACACCACCAGCUUGUGAUUCUAAUAGAAAAUGUUGACUUUGCUGAUGCCCAGUUCAAGAAAUUCCUCUCAGAUGGAUUUGAAAAGGGAAAGUUUGGAAAUUUCACAGAAGAGAACUCAAGCCAAGUAAUAUUCAUAUUGACAAAUGGUGGAUGUGGAUCCACUAGCAAUGAAGAGCAGAAUGAUAACUUGGUUAUGAGGUUGUUGUGGCAGGUCAGUGAAACCAAGCCUAACUCAGAGACGCCAUCUGUGGCAACCAGGAUCGCGGAGCCUUGUUUAGGCCACAAGAGAAGAGCUGAACUUGAUUUGUUUUCUAACACCAACAGUUCUCAAGGGAGCAAGAAGAAACAGUUUUCAAGACAAACAAGCUUUAACACUCUUGAUCUGAACAUGAAAGCUGAUGAAGAGGAUAAAGCAGGAGAGAGUAGCCCCAUUUCAAGUGAUUUGACUGGAGAAACUAUAGCUGAUCCGUUGAACCAAAAUGGGUUUCUUGACUCAAAUGUGAACCGGUUUGAGUUUAACACAAAUCCAGUUAAGGACAGAGAGAUGGCAGAGUUGUUUCUGUGUAAGUUCAAAGGGUCUUUUGAGGAGGUUUGUGGGAAGCAAUGUUGGGAGAAUUUAAGUGUAGAUGAGAGGGUGAUUGAGGAUGUGAGUGUUGGGUGUGGUUAUUUUACCAACAGCUUGUUUGAGAAAUGGCUGAAAGACGUUUUUCAAAGCAGUUUAGAAACAGUUAACUUUGGAGGGAAGGAGGGUAUACUUUUAAGACUUUCUUGGGAGGGUAAAGGAGAUAGAAAAUCGGAUAGUGGGUUCAUGAGUUCUUCUCUGCCCAAGAGUAUCCAAGUUAAUUACUUCAUAGAGUGAGCAAUUUUGGGUACCAGAGGGCUUCUUGUAAAAUUGUCCACAUGGUGUAAAAUGGGAUAGUUUGUGUAACUGCUAAUUUUCGUGGUAGCAUGGGUUUGUUUUCGUUCUCUUAACCAUUAUGUUUAUCAUUUCUUACUCCUA